GCUGAGCUCUGAAUCACCAGCGGCAGCCUGUUCCUGCAGCAGAACAGAAACAGCAUCUGUCACAGAGAGGGAGAGGAAAACUUCAUUUUUGUUUGAGAUCACAAAGUCAAGCUGGCAGCAGACGAGACACAAACCUUGCUGGAGGAGGAAGAGGCCGAUGUGGAGCAGGCCAAUGGAGAACCAGUGGGCAGGGAGACCCCACGGGGAACCAUGGUGCGGGUGGAGCUGGAGUGGGACCUCCCCAUGUCUGUGGAUCUGCCCAUAGAGGUGCAGCCCGACCCGGCACACCAGCCGUUCCCCUUCCUGGACACCACACUGGCCGACCUGGGCAUCGAAGAGUCAGAGGUGAAGGAGAGGGUGGUCUGGGUGGACACCAAGAAGACCCAGGUUAAGAACAAAGCAGGGAAGCUGAAGGAGAAAGAGGUCACCAUCCUCGAGGUGAGAGUGAAAGCCCAGAAGCCCGGAGAGAAACAGAUGCAGGAGGUGCUGUACAGCACCGAGGCCCACACUGACCGCUCCUUCUGUCGCACAGGGAUGAAUAUCCUGCCUUGGAAAAGCGGAGGCACAGGGGAGAACGGGCUGACCCCGGUGCAGAUGGCUUUGGCAUUGGACAGGGAAAACCAGCAGCCUGAAAUGACUGAGGAGCAACGGGAGAUCUGAGGAACGAUGAGUCGCCAUCAUCCAACCAGAGAGCAAAUUAAUGUCAAUAUACCGGCAACUACUCCACGAGAAAUCACUUUGUUAACUGCGCUUUUAGCCUAAGAUGCAAGUUUGCAUUUAUUAUAGGACUCAACAAGUGUUGUUUUUAGAGCAAGGCGAUUAACUGCACGGCAUGCAUUGUAGCAUCAUGUUAAAUCUUUGUAGCAUUUGUAAAAAAUAUCUUGCACUUGUCAAAUAUAUGUUGUAGUAUACUGUUAAAUAGUUUGAACAGGCUGACUAGAAAUAGCACCAAUAGAGGCGGCUGCAAACAGUCAUAGGAUGAGCUAUUAUACGGAUAAAGUAGUGUUUAUAUAGUGUGAACUAUAAAGUAUUUGAAGUUGUUUUAACCACUGUGUUUCUGCCAGAAUUCCCCAUCAGUUGAUAUAUCUGUAAGUAAGGCAACCCUAGGAGAAAGAAUAAGCAUCAAGAGUUUAAAGUGAAUUGAAUUACACUGGGAGAUUGGAACAAAUAAUGACAUUUAUCAGCAGAUCAAUGCUUCACACUCAGACAGCAGAAGCCAGAAGUCCAAACCGUGUCAGAAAGGUCGACUAUAGUAGAAGCACUUUACAGUAACAACAGGGAAACAGAAUACAAUGGGAACAACACGGGAGGGUAACUCUUAAAAUAAUAAAACUUAAACAUAUCAUGCGUUUGAGCAAAUACAUUAAAAGUGAAUCCUCCUAGGUGUAAAUGUCAAAUGAAAUGAUAACAACAAUGGUUGAAGUGCUAUAUUUAGAUUAUUUUUGGGAGAAGUCACAAACUGUCCCCACGUCUUUUUUUUGCUGGCUUUUGACCCGAGUGGAAGGACGUGAGUGCGCUACGAGAGGGCUGCGCUGAGUGCUGCCUGCUGCUCUCCAGGAAGUGAGCUCACAGCUGCUUGGAAGGCUGCAGAGUGCUGCUGAGCAAAGUCUCUCAUCAGCAGCGCCAACGUGCUCUGGGUUUCUGAGGGGGAGAGACACAAUAAGAGUUACGGGAUGACUCAAAAACACAGCAAUAUUAAUCUGUGGUGACUGAGGAAGCUUAAUGAGGGACAAUGUCUAAAUUCACCUUGAUCCACUUUGCCGUUGCCGAGGACCUGACUGGAAGCGGCCACGAUGGGCUUCAUUAGCCCCAAAACCUGAAAGGGAAAAACAGAUUAAAAAAUUGUUGUCACAAUGUUCAACAUCAGGGUCCAAGUCCAUCACACAAUGUCUGAAAAGAUUCAUCACCAUGUAUCAUUGAAGCUCGUUGGAACAGAUUGGGAGAGACUGUUGUCUUUAAAUGACUAUGUCUAAAGUCUGCGUGAGCUAGAGAGUUAACAUGUCCUGUAUGCACAAAGUGUUGUUGAACUACUUUAUAAAACAUAACAAAAUGUAAUAAAGAUGUUUAAAA